AUGCUCGCAGACUACCUACCAAGCGAAGACGAUCCAGAAUACCAGCAAAAGCUUAGCCUCCUGUCCGAAUACGAAGCUUCACUAGCUUCACGAUACCCGCCGGUCUGCUCGGACUGUGCACCCAAAGUGCAGGAGAGGAUCGCAGAGCGCGACCAGUUUGCGCGCAGUUGGAGCCUUGGGAGAUGGUUAGACCUCAAGAAGAAGGCGUCCAAACUCGAUCUCGCGGAUGACGGCCAUCCCGCAUUGUCAGCCUUGAAGACGUCACCUGCGCACAUGGCUGCAGGCUCGCAUGCUCAGUCGCACGCGCAGCAGAAUUUUUCGCCCAGGGGACGUCUCAGGCUAGACAAAGGGUCCCCGUCUGCCAUGGCUCUGUUCGCGAUUGUCAACCUCUGUAUUUGGGCUAGCUACACGACCGCAGCGUUGUGGCCUGAUCACGCUGUAGCCAAAAUGCAGGACGUGAUUGCCCGACUUCGGACAGAAUCAGCCUGGUCGCUCGCAUCCAUAGCAACCUUCUUUCUUCUGUCGAGGCUGUUCAUCGAGACCAGCCAGAUGGAGCCACUCAAGCGCUCAAUCGACCAUGCCAGAGCACGUCAGAUCCGCGUAGAGGCAAAAGGCUCGGGGCUCUGGAGGGCGACACAAGGCGUCGUACUUGUGCUGCGCCUCGCGAUGCUUCUGUCGAUGGUCUUGACGACCUUUUUUCGAGGCCGGCUCACGGAGCUGUUGGCGUGGAUCGAAGUUACCUCGGGACAAAGUCGAGACGAGCUAAUGCAGCUCGUCACGCUGACGUUGCUUAUCAGCGAAGUUGGUCUGACAAUGCUAGCCGCUGCGAAGCUUGGUGUGCGAGACCCGACUCCUCUUCAGCUCGUCUCGCGACCCAUCUUGGCCGACGAGCAUCCCGCAAAGCUGGCGAGACCGGACGGACAUCCUCUGCUGACCAGUCUCAGCUUGGAUGAUCGCGCUACUCUAUCGUCCUCGACGUUCAGCCGCUUGGACGGUCAAGGAAUAUCUAUCGGCUCCGCUCAAGACGAUGAUGUCAACGCCAGGAUAUCCCCGCCUCAACGCGACGCAGACGGUGACGCCAUCAUGGAAGACGCUGCGACGUAUUCAGCUCGACGAGCGUCCACGUCUUCGGAGGACGACUGGAACCGAGGUUCGCCGCAAAUUCCUCCAGCAUCCCUUCCAGCAUGGGGCAGUCAGUGGCCACUCACAAUGAAACCGAAGUCAAACAAUGCAGCAUCCUCUGCAUCUACAGACAACAAGCCUCGACAAGCUUCGACCUACACCGAUUUCCAGCUGGGCCCGCAGCGAUUCUGGGAGCCACAAAAGCCGACUGGGCUCGAGGACGUCUUUGGUCGCGCAGUAUCCCUUGACGAUCGACCGCAACAAGAUGCAGCAGAGCUCAAAGAUGAUGCCAAGUGGUCCAAGUGGCUCGGCUUCUCUUGA